CCCAAAACAAAAACAAAUCAUGCCGCAAAUUUAGUAAUGCUAUGAAUGGGCACCGUCAGCAUUUAGAAACAAUGGGGACGCUGAGGUGAGCCCUAAAACGUGGAGGUUUUUUAAUGGAUCACUCGUUCCCGCCAAUGGAAGAAGGCGCCAUUAUUACUGCUCUGCAAGAACCGUAGAGGAAGAGACGACGAAAAUUAAUUUCCACUGCGAUUACAAGCAUAAUGAGGCGUCCUCGACGAAAGGCAGCGGAGGAAACUCAGCGGAGAGUCACAGCGCUCCUCGUCAAACAUGCUGAGAGUGAUGGCGUGCCUUCUGAUGCAGAGGUGCUCGGAGCUAGCGACCGUGAAUUCGAUAGGGAACCUACCAUGGAAGCGGUAAUGCCUAAUAGAGGUGGCAGAAAGAAACGGAAUGCAAAAUACGUCUAUAAACCAUCCCAUGCAACCACUGAGACGAUUGUGAAUCAAAAUACCAUGUUCGAAUCUGACAUAGGGGAUUCGGAUUUUGAACCUGAAAUGCAAGCAAGUGAAGAUCAAUGUGCUGAUUUAUCCAAUGGGGAAGAAAUACUUGUUUCCAGUGACAAGGAGACAAAAAAUAAACGAAAGGGGUCAAGACCAAGAAAUGCACGGAGAAGCAAAAAACUCCGGAAGCAGAAAGAAGAUAAGUCAUCACAUUUUGGAGAUGGCAUUAUUGACAAUUUGGACUGGCAGGCCUGGGAGAAAGGCCUUGAAGACUGGGAACCCUGGGCAGAUGAUGGAGAGCUUGACUUAGAUGCAUUUGCUCAAAAGAAGGGUCCCAUGGAAGAGCAGGAACCUCCUCCUGAGAUGUUGAUGCCAUUAUUGCCUUUUCAAAAAGAGUGGCUAGCUUGGAGUCUAAAACAAGAAGAAUCUGAAUAUAAAGGUGGCAUUCUUGCAGAUGAAAUGGGAAUGGGAAAAACAAUUCAGGCAAUAUCCCUUAUUCUGACUAGUCGUGACCUGCGACUGAAGGCACCUCUUACUGCAAACUCAUCAAAGCUGCCAAACAUCGAGGGGGGAUCCAGUAGCAAAUCUAAGGUUCUGCCUCAGAUUAAAGCUACACUUGUUGUUUGUCCAAUGGUAGCAGUCAUCCAAUGGAGAAACGAGAUUGCAAGGUUCACAAGUGAAGGAAGCACUAAAGUUCUGAUUUAUCAUGGUAAUAAUAGAUGUAAAAAUGUUGCAGAGCUUUCUGAUUAUGAUGUUAUUUUGACAACAUAUAACAUUGUUGAGACAGAGCAUAGAAAAAAAAUGAUGCCUGGAAAGGAAAGGUGUCAAUGGUGCUGUAGGUUGUUUUAUCCAGAACGAUUGGGCAUACACCAGCGCUACUUUUGUGGGCCUUCUGCUGUGAAAUCUGAAAAGCAAUCUAAACAAGUUAAAAAGAAAGAAAAACGUGCAGUAUAUGGGAAAACAUCAAAAAAGAAAACAAUUGAUGAAGAUGUAGAUGUGAGCAAGGGAAACACGAAGGGUAAAGGCAAGUCUAAAGUGUCAAGCAUUGUUAAGAUUGCUAUGGAUGGGAAAUCUCAAAGAUGCAAUAGGAAAAAUAAAAAUACAGAUCUUGAUAACACGGAGGAGAGUGGAAAUAAGGUACCUGGCUCAUCAAUUGACAUGGGACCAUCAAUUCUCCAUUCAGUCAAAUGGGAUCGCAUUAUAUUAGAUGAGGCCCAUUUUAUCAAGGAUCGAACAUGUAGUACCGCUAAAGCUAUAUUCUCAUUAGAGUCGUCUUACAAAUGGGCUCUAAGUGGCACUCCUCUUCAAAACCGUGUUGGAGAAUUAUACUCUCUUGUACGCUUCUUACAAAUCUAUCCUUACUCCUAUUACUACUGUAAGAAAUGCAACUGCAAAUCACUUGAUUACAGCUUUGGGAAGGAUGGGCAGAAGUGUGAUGAUUGCGGUCAUUCGCCCCCACAUCACUUUUGCUGGUGGAAUAAGUUUGUUGCAAAUCCAAUUAAGAAAUGGGGCUACACUUAUGAGGGGCGCAAAGCACUGAUUCUGCUCAAGUACAAAAUAUUGAAUAUCAUAGUUUUAAGGCGUACAAAGAUUGAACGGGCAGCAGAUCUUGCCCUUCCACCUAGAAUAACUUUUUUGAGACGGGAUGCAUUUGAUGCAAGAGAACAAGACUUCUAUGAAGCUUUAUAUACACAAAGUCAAUCACAGUUUAACACAUAUGUCACAGCGGGAACCCUACUCAACAAUUAUGCUCAUAUCUUUGAUCUGCUUACACGGCUGAGGCAGGCAGUAGAUCAUCCAUAUCUGGUGGUUUAUUCUAAAACGUCACAAUCAAAUCCAAACAAUCAGAAUAGCACAUGUGAUUUAUCUUCGGGAAGAAGUGACUGUGGUCUCUGUCAUGAGGAGUCACAUGAUCUGGUUAGUGCUACAUGUGGGCAUACAUUCUGUAAAGGCUGUAUAGAAGAAUACAUUUCAACUACUGGACAGUCUUCAUGCCCAUCUUGCUCAGAACCUCUGACAAUUGAUUUGACUGGGAGAAAGAAUGCAAACAAGGUCAAGGGCUACAAAAGCUCAAGUAUUCUGAAUCGUAUAAAUCUUGACGACUUUCAAACCAGCACCAAGAUAGAUGCUCUGAGGGAAGAGAUCAUGCUUAUGCUACAGAAGGAUGCUGCUGCAAAGGCAAUAGUCUUUAGCCAGUACACUUCUUUUUUGGACUUGAUAAAGUUUUGUUUACAGAAGUCAGGAAUAAAAUGUGUGCAACUAGAUGGAAGCAUGAGCAUUCAAGCAAGGGAUCAAACAAUCCAGAAGUUCACAAAUGAUCCCGAUUGUAAGAUUUUCCUGAUGAGUUUGAAGGCAGGAGGAGUGGCUCUUAAUUUGACUGUAGCCUCUCAUGUCUUUUUGAUGGAUCCUUGGUGGAAUCCAGCUGUGGAACAGCAGGCGCAGGAUCGCAUCCAUAGGCUUGGACAGUAUAAACCAAUCAGGGUUGUAAGGUUUGUAAUAGCAAACACAAUUGAAGAGAGAGUUCUAAAGUUACAGGAGAAGAAGCAACUUGUUUUUGAGGGGACUGUAGGAGGAUCGUCAGAGGCUCUAGGAAAGUUAACUGUAGAUGAUCUUCGAUUCUUGUUCACAAACUAGGUCAAAUGUUGUUAGAAUGAUAUGGCCUUGUGCUUAAUAGAUCACAGGCCUUUCCAGAUGAGAAACAUUUGAAGCUCAUAAUUGACCUGCAAAGCAUGUAUAUAAACGAUAUUUGUGUAUAUAGAAGAAAUGGAGCAGGCCUUUAAUUUUGGAUGGAAAUUACACAUGUUAUCCAUUAAUCGGAAUGGGAAACAAAUUUUGUAUUUGUUGCAUGUGAGAUAUUGCCAACAAAUUGUUUGAUAUCUCAUUUUGAUAAGCUGUUAAAAUAGGCAUCUAUUGGAUGCAUAAGAAUAA